AUGCUUACCAGACUCACAACGAGCGCGCUGGCCUCGGCAAAGGCAUCUUGCUCGAGAACAUUCACCACAACCACAGCAGUAGCAGCGGCGUCGUCGGCACUGAAACCUAUUCCAAAACCUCAAGGAACCAUCUCUGACCCAGCGACGUUCCUCAGCUCCAUCUCUCGCGCACGCCGCGACCUUGCCUCGAACUCGUCGCUCACAUCGGCUAUCGGGGAGGAAUGGUCCAACAUCUUCACCAUCCGCUCGGAUCAAUUGAAAGAAGCCGGCGUCACCACCAAGGACAGGAGGUUCUUCCUCUGGGCGAGAGAAAAGUUCAGACAAGGCGCCGACCCAGAAGCAUUUGUCAUUGAUGCAAAGCCAAAGAAGAAGGUUCGAGGAUGGGGCGCGAGGGUGCAGACCGCAGAGCGGAUCCGUGUGCGCGGUGUGAGGCGGCCAGGUGAGAAGUGA